AUGCCGGGACGCGUGAUGUCGGUGGUCCUUUGCCGACCAACAGUGUCUGGCGACAUAAUGCCCGUAGCCAUGGGCGCUUGUGAGAAUAUCGACGAUGCCACCAAGUAUAGUGAUGUAAAACCGCCAGAUGAUUCCGAAGUGAUCAAACUGAUACGAUCACGUGUGCGAACGUACUUCAAUAAUGACGGCGUCAUUGAGCUGGAUGGAGGCUACCACCUAUAUUUCGUCGUUGUCAUUGAGACAUUCUCCACGAUGGUCUAUUGCUGUGUAGCUGAAAACGGAAUGGACCAAACGGAAGCCAACGACUUCUUAAAUUCGAAAAUUCGAACGAUUAUGGCAUCUUCGAAUAUUCAAAUGGUCGUCGCGCAAUCGAAUCCCUAUGACCUUCUCGGCAUUCUUCAACCCGAUAUUUUGAAGUUUAUUAAACAACACAACGACCAAUUCCCGACCGCCCAUCAGCAGAGAAUGAUUGAUAUUCGUCGGCAAGUGGAAGAUGUUCGUCAGGUAAUGGCCGACAAUGUGGAACGAAUAAUGGAGAGGGGCGAGCGUCUGGAAAAUAUAGAGAAUCGAUCUGAAGCGUUGAGAACAUCGACAAUCUCGUUCAAAAGCACCGCCCGCCGUGUUCAACGCCAUUUCUGUCAACAGAAUCUGAAAUGGACACUGAUCCUUCUCGCCGUCAUCGCUGUGAUCGUCACCGCGAUUGUGCUCACAAUUCUGCACAAGAAUGACGUUAUCUGA